AAAACAUUAUUAUCUUCCAAGCUGUUAAAAGAAAAACAUCGCCACACUUUAAAAAAAAUUAGUCUAUUCUCAUUAAUAUAAACUAUAAAAUACUAGAAGUACAGAAGAUUGUUUUAUGUAACAUAAUUCUUAUACAAUGGGUAAAUAUUGUUUGUUAAUAAUAUUAAUUUUGGCGAUGAAUGCAUUUGAUUCUUUUUGUAAUAAAACCGAAGAAAAUUGUAUUUUUGGAAAAAAAUGGGUUCUUCUUGUGGCUAGCUCAGAAGGUUGGUGGAACUACAGACAUCAGGCCGAUGUUGCCCAUGCCUACCAAAUUGUCAAGAGAAAUGGUAUACCAGAUGAAAAUAUUAUUGUAAUGAUGGUCAAUGAUGUUGUAAAUAGUACAAACAAUCCAGCUCCAGGAACAUUGAUUAAUCAGCCUAAUGGAACCGACGUAUACAAUGGCAUUAAAUUAGAUUACUCUGGUAAAGAUGUAUCAAGUCGAAAUUUUCUGAACAUUUUAAAAGGCAAUAAAAAAGCUAUGUCCAAUAUUGGAUCGGGUCGAGUUAUUAAAAGUGGACCACGUGAUAACAUAUUCAUUAACAUUGUGGAUCAUGGUUCAGCUGGUUUACUAGCAUUUCCAAAUGAUUUAUUGUAUGCCGAUAAAUUAAUCAACGCCCUUAAAUAUAUGUACGCCAAAAGAAAUUAUCACAAGAUUGUAUUUUAUAUCGAAGCAUGCGAAGCUGGCUCAAUGUUUGACGGAUUACUUGAUGAUGAAAAAUCAGUUAUCGCAAUCACGGCAUCGGGUCCCAGGGAAAGUUCAUAUGGAUAUUAUUGUGGAGUAGAAGAAUGUGGAGAUUACAACACGUGUCUUGGGGAUUUAUUCAGUAUAUCUUGGAUGGAAAAUUUAGAUGAGAUUAUUUUUGAAACAACUACGAAAUCAAGAACAAUUUUCAGAGAUUUUGAAGAGUCUCGAACUGCUGUGACUCAAAGUAAUGUAAUGGUUUAUGGAGAUUUUCAUGUGGGCUACGAAAAACUAUCCUCAUUUAUAGGAUUUCUCGAUGAUAAGCACGUUUUAAAAAAAAGCGAUAAGGAUCCUAAAUUGUAUAAUAUAAAUUCAGCAAUAUCUAGUCGCGAAAUAACAGAAAUAUUUCUGCAACGUCAAUUGUUGAAAUCCAAUGACUCUACAAGAUCGUUAAAAGAAAAAAUACUGCUUAUAAGUCAAAUGAAAUCAGUUAUUGAUGCAACAAUAAAACAAAUUUAUGAAUAUAUAGUUCAGAUAUUACCUGAUAUUUCAGAAAAAAUUGGAACAAUUGAAAACCCUGAAUCCAUGAGACUAUCUAUGGAAACAUUUCAAUGUUAUAGGAGUAUAUUAAACAAAAUUACAGAAAAAUGUUUUUCUAUUCCCAAGAAUCCAUAUUUAUUAAAAUAUUUGGUAGUGUUCGCCAAUAUUUGCGUGAUUGAUAAAAAUGCAGAUGAUACAGUGAUCAAAGUCAUUGAUACAAUAUGUUCAAGGGUAAAAAUACCGAAAAACCUUGUUGAUAUUCAUUAACAAAUGUAUUAGUAUGUUUUUUCAAAACUUACUAAUCAAAUAUAUAUAGACGAUGAAUACCAUAUUUUUAAUUUUAUAUAAUUUAUAGUUAAACAAUGUUUAUUAUACUUACUACAUGUUAAAUAAAUAAUAUAACAUA